CGUCUCGCGCUCGAUGACGUCACGAGACGACCCCUGAACCAGGAAGUGGAGUCGGGGAGUCGACUCCCCGUGGGUCUCUGAGCGGAGCCUGGCUCAUUGCUUCACCUCACUGAGGAGACGACACUCGGCCGAGUCCUUUGCUCCGUUCCUGUCCCUUCGCUGUCGUCAUUCUACUCUGGUGCAUCUCUACAUCAUCUCUCCUGGCUGCUUCACAAUGUUGUGGCGAGUCUUCAAUAUGUAACUUAGAUUUACGUGAUACAGCUGCUUUUGCCUUGAUUACUUUUUUUUCGCUUCAUUAUUUCUCUCCCUUUGUAACGAUAUCGAUUGAGGGGCGCACAGCUAUGGAUCGGUGUCUUAAGUGUAUUGUACGUCGGUGUUUGAUGUCUGCCCUGCUGCUCCAUUUACUUUUGCUAAAUGCUCCUCGUUCACUUUGAGGCCUGCUGCCUGCCCUCGUUGCUGGACCUCAUCGGUGAGAUCCUCACUUUCAGGAAUCCUUGCCCAAUCUGCGAAUAUUUUACAAGGAGUCCUGCAACUUGAGUCAUUUGCAGGCAGCUGCAUUUUCAGCACUGCUAUGUUAGUUCAAUUACUUGGAUGUGGGGGGGUUGCAUAUUUUUUAUUGGAGGAAAACCUUGGAAAACAGGUGCAGAAUAUGCAAACUCCACGCAGAAAGUUUCAGUCAGAAGAAUAAUUUUCCAGUAAAGCCCACAGAGCUAAGAAGGUAUUUGUCAAGGGCCACUCGGCCGACAGACAACAUGAAAGCAUUCCACAAUUCCAGCCACUCACCUACUCAACCACUCACCCAUUCACUUACCCAGCUACUCACCCAACUACCCACACCCACUCAUCCAUUCAUCCAUCCACCCACUCACGGACUCGUCCACCACUCACCCACUCACCCAUCGAACUACCCACUCACCCACCCACACUCACUCACUGGCAUAUUCACUCUCACCCACUCACAACAAAGACAAAUAUCAAAGAUUCCCCGUAUAGCUUAAAUAAACUGUCGGGGCAGGUGCUGUAAGCGCGCACCUAUGAAGGCCGUCACGGUACACGAGGGGGUUAGUGGCAGCACCACGCCUGACCACCUUUGUAUACCCAGUGGCGAUGUUUGCACACCACACCAGGUAGUCAUUUGAGGCCGAUUCCCUCUCGGGGAGGCCCAUUCAGAUAAUCGUCACUGGUGUUGUCCAUAAGCGGGAAUCGAACUCUGGACGCUGGGUUUGUAGCGUAGCAUGCUAACUGCUGCACUACUUUUACACACGCAAUUACGUGCUGAACAAAUAGUUCCACGGUUCAAAUUGCAAGUUCGCGUUUUAAAUCUAUAUAAAAUAAACAUCCAUAAAGCUUUUUUUGGGUUUGAUCGGGUGAAUAUAAAUGUGCCGUGAAACCUGUCACCACCGCUUGACAAAGCCAGUUACCAAGGUUUGUCACAUAAACAUAACAUGCCAAUGAGUUACUAGUUCAGCACGCCAGUUGUGUGUUGGAGAGUGAACGCAUUACAACAUUUACAAAUCGAGUGCUGUGACGUUUUAGUGUUGAUUACAACAGCAACAAGCUCCAUUGGUCGAUAGCCAGAAUUGCGAAGAAUUCCUUCUGUUUCCGGUCUGAAAUAGAGGGGAGUAAAGGUGAUGUCAUCACUGUGAUGCCUAUCCGGUGCAAAAGCCAGAGAGGGGUUAAUGUAGUCGUGUAAGUUAUAAUGGAACAUAUUAAUCUAAGCAUAUGCCCGUGCCUAUUGUUUGGGUUAAUCACAGUUAAACAUUAUGUUAAUCUAAGAGUAUGCAGAGAAUGUGGAGUACAUAUUAGUGGCUGCUAACAGUUAAUGUACUGUGUGUAAGCGUAUAAUAUCUGUGUAUAUUGUGUGUAAUGUGCAUGUAUAUCUGCUGGGUGUACUGCACGUGAGUGUGCAAUGCUUAUGUAUAUGAUGUAUAUUGUAUGUAGUGUGUAGGUUGUGUGACUAAUAUUUAUUUAUCGUGUAUAUUGUGUGUAAUGUUGUAUAAUGCAUAUGUAUCAUGUAUAUUGCUUGUAGUGUGUAAUGUGUAGGUUGAAUGACAAGGAGCAGUGACUCAAGACAGCCCGGUGCUAGAAGACACCAAUGCGAGCAGUGUCCAUACGGCACGGACCACCCUGGACACAUGAAUCUGCACCAGAAGUCACACAUGGCGAAGAAGGAAUUCAGGCGGUCAUCUCACCUGAAUAUUCAUCAGAGAACACACACAGAUGUGAAGCCAUUCAAGUGCACUGUAUGUGAGAAGGCAUUUAGACAGUCAUCAGAACUUCAAAGUCAUCAGGGAAUACACACAGACGAGAAGCCCUUCAAGUGCACUACUUGUGAGAAGGGAUUUAAACGGUCAUCACAACUUAAAACUCACCAGAGAACACACACAGGCGAGAAGCCUUUCAAGUGCACUGUGUGUGGAAAGGGAUUUGCAGAUUCAAGAAAUGUUUUGCAACAUCAGAGAACACACUCGUGCGAUAAACCUUUCAAGUGCACUUUGUGUGAGAAGGCAUUUAAACGGUCAUCACAACUUCAAAUUCACCAGAAAACACACACAGGCGAGAAGCCCUUCAAGUGCACUGUGUGUGGUAAAGCGUUUAUACGGUCAGGAUCUCUUAAACAUCACCAGAGAACACACACAGGCGAGAAGCCCUUCAAGUGCACUGUCUGUGGUAAAGCGUUUACACGGUCAGGAUCUCUUAACAUUCACCAGAGAACACACAGAGGCGAGAAGCCCUUCAAGUGCACUGUGUGCGGUAAAGCAUUUAUACAGUCAGGAUGUCUUACCAUUCAUCAGAGACAACACACAGGCGAGAAGCCCUUCAGUUGCACUGUUUGUGGUAAAGCGUUUACACGGUCAGUAUUUCUUAAUGUUCACCAGAUACAACACACGGGCGAGAAGCCCUUCAAGUGCCCUAUGUGUGGUAAAGCAUUUCUACACUCAAGAUCUCUUAACAUUCACCAGAGAAAACACACAGGCGAGAAGCCCUUCAAGUGUACUGUGUGUGAUAAAGCAUUUACACAGUCAAGAUGUCUUAACAUUCACCAGAGACAACACACAGGCGAGAAGCCCUUCAAGUGCAGUGUGUGUGGUAAAGCAUUUACACAGUCAGGAUCUCGUAACGUUCACCAGAAAAAACACACACGGGAGAAGCCCUUCAAGUGGACUGUGUGUGGGAAGGCACAUGCAACGUCAGACGACCAAAAUAGGCAUGAGAAGAUCCAUGUGGAGACGGAGGUGGAAUCGAGAAGUGAAAGUGCUGCAUUGAGUGCAUCUUGCAUGCAACAAGAAGCAGAAGACGACCCCAGUUUAGUAACGUGGCCAGCAGUGACGGUGGAAUGUAAAAAAGUGAAAGUGGAACGUCAAAGAGUAAAGGUGGAACGUAAAGAAGUGAAGAUGGAAUGUGAAGAGGUGAAGGUGGACUGUGCGGAGGUGAUGGUGGACUGUGAAGAAGUGAAGGUGGAAUGUGAAGAAGUGAAGGUGAAAAAUGAAGAUGACUCGACUCAAGGACCGGACCUCCAGGUGGAUGGAGGCAGCGUAAAGCAGGAGGAAAAUUCAAACUCUGAGGGACGGCGAGGCGACCCUCAGGAAUUUGUGAAUGUGGAGGUGUGGGUGGAGUUUUUGGGGCAGUGAUCGUUUAGUGGUCAGCACGCUGCUCUACGAGCCCGGCAACUCGAGUUUGAUUGCCGUUCACGGUUUACAUCAGUGACAAUUAUCUGAAUCGGUCCUGGGCCUCCCCUAGGUCAACUCAGCCUCAAAUGAGUACCUGGGGUGGUGCCUAAACACCACUGGGUAGAUCAAGGCAGUCGAGCGUAGCGCUAGCCACUCACCCCCUUGUGUGCCAUCCUCAUGAUCAUGCAGUGCAUCCCCAAGGACGAUGACCUCUUGCAUCGGGAGUCGGUAUACUUUAGUCAUUUUACGUGGUUGUACUGUUUGAUUCCUGUGAGUUUGCUUUUGACUAGCAAGACCUGUGAUUGAACGAAACACCUUUCCACAUGGCUCACAUGCACAGUGGACUGAGGGUAACUCCUGAUAUUCAGAUGCACUGGUCGAUACUGUAACCACUUCUAACCCGCGUCUCCUGGCUUAGUGUUUCUCCGUGUCAUUAACAUGUCUCUCAAGCAGUUGAGUAGCUGUGCGCCAUUGCUGUCUGUUUUUGGCGAGAUUUUCCCAUGAAUCUACCGAUAUUCUUCAUCUCAAAUUUUAGUGAAAUACAUCCUUAAAGCGCAGGCACUGACCUCCUCUACUUCGGGAGUCCUUUUGCAAUUUAGUGUAGAGCUAUUGUUUCGGGAGUGUUUUUUCCUCCCAUUCCGAGUGUGUCCAGCCCAGUGAAGUUGGGAAGCGGUGACCAUAGAUGACACAGCAGCCAUUCCAGUUCUAGCAAGGUCUGCUGGAUGUUGUUGAGUUGUAAAUGGCGACGGUAAGGAGUCACAUUUUCAGAACUAUGAAGGAGAGCUACUCCUGUAAACACUGCACUUUGUCCUUAUGGUGAUGCCUGGCUUGUCCCAUAUAUGCUCUCUAAGGCGACCGAAAGUGGACGAGGCUCAGCUUAUUCUAAUUUUAAUCUCUUGGUCCAGAUUACCAUUUCUUAUCACUGUACUUUCCAGAUAUGUGAACUUGGUGAUUGAGUUAAGUUGGUGUUGGACAAUGUGGAUCCUUGCUCCAGCUUCAGAGAUCCCAGGAGCCGGUUGAUGCAUUACCUCAGUUGUCUUGAGGCUCACAGCGAGACCACAUUCUCUGGCUGAAUUGGAAAUGUAGCUGACUAGCAGUUGUUGGCCCACUUCAGUGUGGUCAACCAAGGCACAGUCAUCUGCAUACUAAAGUUCACGUACUAUGAUCUCCCUGAUGGGAAAUUGUCGUGCGUAACCAUGACAAGUUAUGAAGCCCAGAAACUGUGCGGGACUGGAUAGCUACUACUGCUUUCAGAUCCUUCAUAGCCUCAUCGACCAUAGUGGCAAAGAACAGGCUGAAUAAGUUGGAGCUGGAGCACAGCCUUGCUUCCCUCCAUUUGAAAUAAAUGCAUCUUAUAUGUCUGAGGGAGUGCAGACCCUGCAUACCAUCAUGGGACUAUCUUGAUUAUUCCAAGGAUUCUGGGUGGACACCCAAACUUUAGUCGUAGUUUUCAAAGUCCCUUUCUCCCUACGAUGUCAAAGUCGAGAUCAACCAAGGUCACGUACAGUGGUUACUAAUGUUCAAUGCACUUCUCUUGUAGUUGUCUGAGUGUAAAAAUCAUGUUGGUUGUGUCUAGACCUUCCCUAAAACCACCUUUGCUUUAUGGGAUAAUUUUGUUCGUGAUGGCUUUAUUGAUUAUGUUAAGAAUCAGCUUGGCUAAACAUUUACGUGGAAUAGAAAGAAGAGAAAUGCCUCUGUAAUUGUUACAGUUGGCCCUAUUUCCCUUUUUAAAGAUGGUACUAAAACUGCAUCCUUCAGGUCCUGUCGUAGGACUCCACAUUUCCAGAACUCUCUGAAUAAGUGCCAUAAUUCUUCACCGAGAAUAUCUCCACCAGCUUUAAGUAUGUCUGCAGGAAUCUCGUCCACUCCCGGGGCUUUACCAGGUUUGAGUUGUCGGAUUGCUAGUUUGACCUCAUCAAGUAGGAUUUCUGUAUGAGUAACUGGGCCAUAGACUUCUCGAAGUGCAUGAUAAAAUUGUUUAUACUGCUAUGCAUCUGUGUAAUUUUGUAUUUCAGCUGCUUAAUCGUGCCACCAUUUAUUUUCAAUUUAUAUUAGCUUCUUCUGGAGGGUGGACCAUAUUGUAUAAUAUGCCAGUUUCCUCCUUUGGGAUUGAGGGCCUUGAAGUAGGGUGUUAGGAGCUGAAGCUAUUGCAUAUCGAAGCUCCUGGAUCUGUGGGUCAUUCUCAUCAAACUAGUCCUUGUGUCUUAGACUUGAAAUUCCAAGGACGUUUGAUGAGACGUUAUAGACGGUGUCUUUGAAACUAGUCAAACGUAGCGCAAUAUCUUUGCGUUCGGAGGCAAGGUUUCUCAGAGAUUGGCCAAGAUUCUGUUGGAAGGAGAGCUGGAACUAUUCCGCCUUAAGUUUGAUUAUGUUGAGUUUAUUUGGAAGUGGUGCAGUCUUUACACUUUGGAGUAUAUAUAUGAAGUUGUAUCUUUGAUCUUACAAGACAUUGGUCUGUGUCACCAAUUGCAGCUCUUGUUACUCGUGUGAUGUAGAUGUCUUUUGAAUCACUUUGUCGAGUAGUAAUAUAAUCUAUCAAGUCCCAAUGUUUUGACCUCAGGUGCAUCCAGAUUGCUUUGAGAUGGUGAGGAAGUAGAUAUAAAUAAUUUGAUGAGAGGCUAUGCAUUGAGCACAGUCCCAGGAGACGUUGACCAUUGCUAUUAAACUUGCCCACACCAUGCAUUCCAAUGAAACCAGGCCAGGUGUCAUGGUCGGUCCCUACCCUGGAAUUGAAGUCGCCUAGCAAGAGGAUCUUGUCAUUCCUGUGAAUGGAGGAUAAUUCAUUAUAUAACGUUUCCUUUAUCGUUUGAGGUUAUUUAAGGUUGGAGCAUAAGGCGAGACAACUAUGAUGUGUCUAAUGGCCUUAAGAGGGAGGCGAAGUACCAUGCGUCUAUCUGAAUUCCCCUCAGGAAGCGAUGGCAACGUUCUGGCAAGGGAAUUCUUCAUGGCAAAACUGACCCCUGCAGUACGUUUCUUUCCUUCGGGUCUUCCUGACCAGAAGGUGUAUCCUGCGAGGUAUUCCGUGAUCUGUACUUCCCCAGAAUAAUGUGUCUUACAAAGAGAGAGCAGCAAUGUCUAUGCUAUAGCGAUUGAGCUCCCGUAAGAUAAGUGCAGUCUUUCGUUUUGGUCUGGGGCAAACCUCUCGAUCAAUUAGGGUGCAAACAUUCCAAGUUUCAAUUACAAAUGUAUUUCUCUAACUUAAUUUGGAGCUUUCGUGACUGCAGGAAUUAUUCUUUAGUUCUUUCGGUAAAGUCACGUAUAAAGAUAAAAUGAAAUAAUAAAUUAAAUUAAGUAUACUAGAUUUGUGUUUCUAUUUACUUUAUACCUGAUGAUGAUUGCUUGUGUUGCAAUCGAAACGUCGUAUGCUAGUAUUUAAUUUAAUUUAUUAUUUUAUCUUUAUACGUGACUUUACCGAAAGAACCAAAGAAUGUAUUUCUCUGUUUAUACUUUUGCUUUUUAUCACUCCAUUGGUUACCCACCAGCCACGCCGAGGUGAUCAGGUACGAUUUGGGGUGAACAUUUGUUAAGCUACCUUUUGUAGGUUGCUCUCCGGAUCGGGGUGGGCAGUCACUUGGGGUGCUGCCCUGCAGAUCAAUAACUAAUGCAGAUACUGCACGACCCAUCUUCCCAAACUACCUGUAUGUGAAUGUUUCUACAGCUUACAACUCGUCAGGCCUGCUGCUUUGCUCCUUAUCCCUCGCUCCAGGACUUUAGUUGAAGGAUGGUGGAAAGAUAUUGACACCAUAUACAUUCAAGAUAUGCACGCGGUGCCACCUUGUCUCCGUCUUGUCUCCAAUCUUGCCUCUCCCUUGUCUCUCCGCCUUGUCUCCGCAGCAUCCCAUCGCGGGUCCCACAUCACGUGGUGUUCCCAGCCUCCAGUGUUGCUGCCUGUGAAUUUCUUUCCUGUCCAUGUGCAGUAGUGUACGCGUCAAGAAAACACGUGUCCGGUAUUGUACAGCACUGUACAGUAGCGUACACUGCUUUACUCGAAUUCGUGUACAGUAUUGUAUGCUACAUUGAUGUGUAAAAUUAUAUAAAUGUACUGUUCAAAUAACAUUUUACACUGUAGAAUAUAUCAAACGUAUUUUUCACUCAAGAUACUCCCCGUGUAAUGUCUGGGUUGGUGUCGGCUGUAGGGUAACCAGUGGUGGGCCAUAUAUUUUACACCGAGGCCUUCAGUGCUAUCCUCCCGCAAUCAAACCGCCUUCGAAUAACCUCACCAUGACACGAGGGCAAUAGGCUAUUGUCAUAUUCACAGUGACAGUAACUUCUAUCGAGUGGAAUCAAGUUAUUUAACACGAGGCUCAACACCUGAGAGUUACAAUACACUAAUUGCAGAGACAUGAAUACAUGGUGACUGAAUCCAAGGAUAUACCACUAUUAUGCAGUAUGACAGGAUGCUGCAUCACAAAUUGAUAUCGCAUAGCCCAAAUCAAUGUAAUGUCCAAUAAAUCCGCCACCAAAUAAUUGUCUCAUUCAGCCAUUGUGCGUAAAAAAAAACAGGGCUAAGUAAAAAUCUAAGCAAAAAAUAUAAUGCAUUACAUCAAAAAAUCUAAACGUCACGAAAUAAAGUUUAAAUCUAAGAUGAUGCCACGUUAUAUGUUUCAGUUAGCUGACCCUCCGAUCACGCCACACGAAAAAUGUUGACGUCGGCGGCGAGACAAGCAAGAAGGCUCCGGUGUGUGAAAGAACACACCCAACAUGGCACUCUAAAUUUGAUUGGUUAAAAAAUAUGACAACAACAUCGUCCCCAUUUGCUUCAACAGCAGACGGGAUUCACUCAAAAAUCUGAAGGCCUCGGUAGAUGUUUCACCCGGAGACAGCACAGGUGGAAAAUCUGAUUGGAUACACACUGUAAUGUAUGAGCUGCACUGGAAGCAUUGUAACGGAGGGAGAGAGUAGCAAUGGAAUGACGUUAAUAGACUGAUGGGAACGAACUUUGUAAAAUACAUAUAGCAUUAAUGAAAAUAUAUUAAAUAAUACAUUUCUGAUUUUGACAAUCUCUAGGCUAGCAGAGAAGGCCUUGCUGGUCCUGACAGCCCGCCUCGGGUAAUGUCAAACAGGCGGAGGAGGAGCAGGUGUUGUAUUAGAAAAGCCGUGAAACAGACCCUCGUUUUUCCCCACAAUGCCUUUUGAGUUUUGCGAAUCGCGGAUUUGCCAACUGUGGCUAUUUUCAAGAACGUAACUAGACCCAUGACAGACAAAGGUUUCGUGUUUUGUAUAAAGUAAUGCGACACUAAUGGGAGAUGCACAAUUAGGCUGUGUCCAACACAGUUAAACAAGAAUGCUAUAUGUCAACAUGUAGCGUGAUCAUUCUCUUUUUUAGGUGACGUUUCUCUAGGAAUGCUAAUAAAAAAACACCAGCUAUUUAAACUUGCUAUUUCAUGAAAAAAGUGGCACUUGUCAACUGCUAUUGUACAAUGUGAUUUAAAGUGUGAGUUAACUCGUUUUAACUUAGACUACAGUAAGGGAAAAAAGUAUUUGAUCCCCUGCUGAUUUGUACGUUUGCCCACUGACAAAUAAAUGAUCAGUCUAUAAUUUUAAUGUUAGGUUUAUUUGAACAGUGAGAGACAGAAUAACAACAACAAAAUCCAGAAAAACGCAUGUCAAAAAUGUUAUAAACUUAUUUGCAUUUUAAUGAGGGAAAUAAUUAUUUGACCCCUCUGCAAAACAUGACUUAGUACUUGAUGGUAAAAUCCUUGUUGGCAAUCACAGAGGUUGGACAUUUCUUGUAGUUGGCCACCAGGUUUGCACACAUCUCAGGAGGGAUUUUGUCCCACUCCUCUUUGCAGAUCUUGCCCAAGUCAUUAAGGUUUCGAGGCUGACGUUUGGCAACUCGAACCUUCAGCUCCCUCCACAGAUUUUCUAUAGGAUUAAGGUCUGGAGACUUGCUAGGCCACUCCAGGACCUUAACGUGCUUCUUCUUGAGCCACUCCUUUGUUGCCUUGGCCGUGUGUUUUAGGUCAUUGUCAUGCUGAAUAUCCAUCCACGACCCAUUUUCAAUGCCCUAGCUGAGGCAAGGAGGUUCUCACCCAAGAUUUGACGGUACAUGGCCCCGUCCAUCGUCCCUUUGAUGCGGUGAAGUUGUCCUGUCCCCUUAGCGGAAGCAUAAUGUUCCACCUCCAUGUCUGACGGUGGGGAUGGUGUUCUUGGGGUCAUAGGCAGCAUUCCUCCUCCUCGAAACACGGCGAGUUGAUUUGAUGCCAAAGAGCUCCAUUUUGGUCUCAUCUGACCACAACACUUUCACCCAGUUGUCCUCUGAAUCAUUCUGUUCAUUGGCAAAACUUCAGACGGGCAUGUAUAUGUGCUUUCUUGAGCAGGGAGGCCUUGCGGGCGCUGCAGGAUUUCAGUCCUUCACGGCGUAGUGCAGGGGUCCUCAAACUUUUUAAACAGGGGGCCAGUUCACUGUCCCUCAGACCGUUGGAGGGCCGGACUAUAGUUAAAAAAAACUAUGAACAAAUUCCUAUGCACACUGCAUAUAUCUUAUUUUGAAGUGAAGAAACAAAACGGGAAAAAUACAAUAUUUAAAAUGAAGAACAAGUAAAGUUAAAUCAACAAACUUGCCAGUAUUUCAAUGGGAACUAUGGGCCUGCUUUUGGCUAAUGAGAUGGUCAAUGUCCGGUUUCAUAUUUGUCACUGCUAGUCGUAACAAGUGAUGCAAGUGUGCAUCCGUUAGUCUAGAUCUGGUUGGAGAUUUCAAAUGUUUCAUUCUGGAAAAAGUCUGUUCACAGACUUGUGCUGCCAAAGAUGGUUGCCAUUUUUAGUGCAUGGUUCCUGAGAUGAGGAUAUGUCUCAGAGGGGAGAGAUGCAUAGAAAUUAUGAAGGCUGCUUGACUUGAAUGCGUCUUUCAGAGAGUCACAAUUCUGCAGUUCAGUCAGUUCCAUUUGGUAAAUUGUAUCCACAUUUUCAAUGUCAAUAGAAAAUGGGUUACGGAAAAGCUGUAUGUCCUGUUCAUGGAGAUGAAGCUCUUUAAAUCUAAAUUGGAACUCCUUUUGCAAUUUUUCCAGUGAAUCCACACAUGUUUUGUUUGGGAAUGCAACCAAUGGUUUUUCCGCUAACAGAUUUUGAGUUGUGGGGAGAUGGCAGAAGUUUGCCUCCUUCACUUGUUUGAUGAGGAGGCCUAAUUUUACUUCAAAUGCUUUGACAUGUGAUUGCAUAUCACAGAUGAGCUUCCCCUUUCCUUGAAGUUGCACAUUGAAACUGUUGAGUAGCUCUGUUACAUCUGUCAGAAAGGCAAGGUGCCAUUUCCAUUCUGCAUCAUUGAGCUCUGGUACUUCUUUGUUUUUUGAAAGCAGAAAAGCUGUAAUCUGUGGAAGUAAGUCAUAGAAACGUUUCAAAAUUCUCCCUCGACUCAGCCAACGGACUUCUGUGUGGUACAGAACAUCUUCAUAGUCAACAUUUAGCUCAGACAGAAAUUCCUGAAAUUGUCUGUGGUUUAGUGCAUGAGCUCUAAUGAAGUUAACACAAGAUACCACAAUUUUCAUAACAGAGUCCCACUUCAGUGAUUUACUACACAGGCUUGUUGGUGGAUGAGGCAGUGUAUGGCUAUUGGAUGAGAAUGGUUAUGUUUGUCCAUCUCUUGGUUAAUGCGAGCAAUUACUCAUUUCUUAGACCCCACCAUGCUAGGAGCACCAUCAGUUGUCACACUGGCUAGUUUAGCCCAGUUCAGCUCCAAACCAUUCACAGUUUGGCAAACCUUUUCAUAGAUAUCCUCUCCUGUAGUUGUUCCUUUGAUGCUUUGCAGUGCAACAAGCUCUUCUGUGACUUCGAAAUAGUCAUUCGUCCCACGAAUAAAAAUUAAAAGUUGUGCAGAAUCAGGAACAUCAUUGCUUUCGUCGAGUGCCAAGGAAAAAUAGGAAAGUUUUUUUGUGGAGUUUUGUAAAUGCUGAUGCAAAUUGUCUCCCAUUUCUUCAAUCCUCCGUGUAAUUGUAGGUCCUGAAAGACUCACUGUACUAAAUAAAUCGGCCUUCUCUGGACACAUCUCUUUGGCAACAGGAAGGCAUUCUUUAACAAAUUCUCCCUCCACGAAUGGUCUGCCAGUGCACGCUAUUGGCUUGGCAACUUGAAAACUUGCUCGCAGUGAUGAAAUAUUUAGCUGCUUCUGCUUCACAAAAGUAUUUUGCUGAGUUGUUAAUGUAUUUUUCAGUUUUAAUAUUUUAUCUUUUCUCACUUCUCCGACCAAACAAUCAUAUUUAUCUUUAUGUUGAGUUUCAUAGUGUCGACGUAAAUUGUAUUCUUUGAACACAGACACUAUAUUCUGGCAUAUCAGACACACAGCUCUUUCCUUGUACUGCAUGAAAAAGUAAUCAUAAGUCCACUGUUCUUUGAAUAUCCUACACUCCGAGUCAAUUUUUCUCUUUCUUGACAUCAUUGUUUCCUAGGGAGUCAAAAUUGCUAUUAGUAAAAUACCAAUAUAUAUACAGCGCUACAAAAACAAUAUACCAGCAAUAACUUUACCCACACAGAGACAUACAGACUGCACUGCCCAUCAAUGCAGUCUGAUUGGGGGAACUCCGCUUUUACCCCAGGCUCACACAUGUGCGCGUGCCAUUAAAAAGUUAAUUAGACCUGCAGUUUUGUUCACAGAUCGCAGUGCGGUGGGCACAAUGAGUGCCCACCGCCGCAGCUCAAUCAGUGCUCACCAGCGCAGCCAAAUCAGUGCUCGCCACCGCAGCCCAAUCAGUGCUCACCACCGCAGCCCAAAGAGUGCUCACCAGCGCAGCCCAAUUAGUGACCAUGGGCCGGAUAAAUGUCCUCAGCGGGCCGCAUGUGGCCCGCGGGCCGUAGUUUGAGGACCCCUGACGUAGUGUGUUACCAACUGUUUUCUUGGUGACUAUGGUCCCAGCUGCCUUGAGAUCAUUGACAAGAUCCUCCCGUGUAGUUCUGGGCUGAUUCCUCACCGUUCUCAUGAUCAUUGCAACUCCACGAGGUGAGAUCUUGCAUGGAGCCCAGGCCGAGGGAGAUUGACAGUUCUUUUGUCUUUCUUCCAUUUGCGAAUAAUCGCACCAACUGUUGUCACCUUCUCACCAAACUGUUUGGCGAUGGUCUUGUAGCCCAUUCCAGCCUUGUGUAGAUCUCCAAUCUUGUCGCUGACAUCCUUGGAGAGCUCUUUGGUCUUGGCCAUGGUGGAGAGUUUGGAAUCUGAUUGAUUGAUUUCUUCUGUGAACAGGUAUCUUUUAUACAGGUGUAAUAAAAGUCGUUGAAGCGACUUGUGGAAUCCGGUCUUUAUUUGUCUUUCAUUACAACACUCCUUCACGCUGCUGACAGACAGCGUGAGAGGGAUAGAAAGAGAGAGACGCGCGCAGCCACGUGGCAGCCUGGACCCCCGCUCCCGCGUGGCCCCUUCCCUUCGUUCGUUCCAGUUCUGACCACGUGUUGUUCGUUUCCACCCCUAUUUAAUACCCGGGUCACGUGGUACCUUUCCACCAAUCCUGGUUAGCCUCUAUGGAAUCUUCCAGACUCCACCGUAGGCUCCCGGGAUCACGCCCCUGACUCGUCUCCCCAUUGGAUGUGGCUAAAGCCAGCAGAACCAAUCCUCUAUUUACAGCUGUCACCUUUCCAGAGCCACGCCCCUAGGCUUCCCCCCAUUGGCUAUGGACCAGGACCGGCAGAGCCAAUCAUCGUGACGAGUUGUGAUCCGUCAGCGACCCGGAUAUAACCUCACAUUACACAGGUAACAAGCUGAGAUUAGGAGCACUCCCUUUAAGAGUGUGCUCCUAAUCUCAGCUCGUUACCUGUAUAAAAGACACCUGGGAGCCAGAAAUCUUUGUGAUUGAGAGGGGUUCAAAUACUUAUUUCCCUCAUUAAAAAUGCAAAUCAAUUUAUAACAAUUUUGUCAUGCGUUUUUCUGGAUUUUGUUGUUGUUAUUCUGUCUCUCACUGUUCAAAUAAACCUACCAUUAAAAUUAUAGACUGAUCAUUUCUUUUUCAGUGGGCAAACGUACAAAAUCAGCAGGGGAUCAAAUACUUUUUCCCCUCACUGUAUGAGCAGUUACUUUCCAUUGUCAAUGCAGACAUAUUCACAAACAUAAACGGCUUAAAAACUUACACAUUUACAUGACCAACAUAUCACCAGUUACUUGCGAUUGUCAAUCGAGACAUUCACAAUCAUCAACACGUGAAAAGCUCUACGUUACAAUAAUAAGAUAUUCACUACAUAUGAAGUUACUUUACAUUCUAUUCUAUGUAAAGUAAAUAAAUAACACGAUCUGACCCAAAAAUAACCUAUAUGAAUAAUAUUGGUCGCGAAAAGCCUACGUGUUAAACUUUACAUUCUCAAUGCAGACAUUCCCAAAAAUAUACGGCUUAAAACCUUUACGUUCAAAUUACAACAUAUUAUCAAGAUAUGAACACUUACUUCCCAUUGUGAAUAGACAUAUUUGCUCAAAUAUAGUAUGCGCGCCCCACGCUUUUAUUUAGUCAGUUACAACAAGAGUAUAUGAAACAUAUAUAAUGCAAAGUACUUGAACAGAAAAUAUUUAUUUUUUACUUUUUAGUACAUUUCAUAAGUGCGUGUUUAAAAAAAAGUUUAAAAAUAUACAUUUGAUCUGUUAUUUAUACACCAGUUUUCUUGUUUUUAAUUAAACGCAUUAGAGUUUUGACGUUUAUCCUUGCUGUGUAAUUAGACGAAGUGGUGCAGAGAAACGCACAGCGAGGCCGAGACAGGUCCCAUUAGGUUCCUUAUUUUAAAGAAAACUACGAAUUGUUCUCUAGAGGAAGAUGGUACCUACACUUCUAAGCUGAAGCUGACAGUUCAUGUCGCACAAACAUCUGCAGUCACACACUACGGGGAAGUUUUAAACUUAUCUUCUUUUUCUCUCUCUCUCUGACUACUUGUUCUCUCUGCCUGUGUCCUCUCUUUGGAAUGUUCACACUUAAAUUCUAACUUAGCAAUCUUUGAAAUACGUAAUCAACCAGGCUAUGCGUUAAUUGUGUGUUGACCGACCCUCUGUGUUGUAUUACAUUACAUUUCGAUAUUUUACUAGGUUAUUUAAUUUUAGUGUGUCCUCCUGAUUUUCAGGCUUGCUUGCCGUGUCAUCGCACUUGCAGCACCACGUUUUUGUUGUUCACUCAUUGAUAUGCUAAUUUUUUCUCUAACCCCCCCUCCCUCUCUCUGCCUCCGCCCCCCUCUGUCUAUUUAAGGCCACCCCACAGAGACGAUCACCUCUCUCUGUUACCUGUGUUGCUCUCUCUAUGUAUCUUGGUGAUAUCUGUCUGCUAAUAUGUCUGUCUAUAGUUUUCUGGUUAGAUUUUAUGUCGCUAAUUCAUUAUACCUGAUGAUGAUUGCUUGUGUUGCAAUCGAAACGUCGUAUUCUAUUAUUUAAUUUAUUAUUUUAUCUUUAGACGUGACUUAACCGAAAGAACCAAAUAAUAAUUCCUGCAGUCACGAAAGUUCUAAAAUUAAGAUCUGCAGUCACAUGAAUACAAGGACAUUGCUCAUAUUCAUACCACGCAAUCGAUCUGUCCAGACAUCCCAUAUUCUAUACGUGACCCUGAUACACGCAACUUGCUACAUCAAGACUCACAAUCGGUUGAUGGGUAAUCAUUCGUUCAUAAUGCUAAGAUUUACAGAAUCCGAAGAACCAGAAGUAUAUUUUCCGAGCAAACCCCAUUGAGCAGAGAUUUGUUUUAAGGGCGACUCGGGCCAGUAAGUAACAUCAAAGCAUUCCACACAAUUACAGAUAAAACAAAGAAAUGUAAUAAUAGUAAUUACGUUGUAAAAUAGCAUUCACACCUAAACGUUGGUGAUUUGAAUAAGAGAGUCAGUUUGAAUGAGGACAGAAGAUGGCCGGAUGGAGAUUCCAAGAGACGAAACUUCUUAGGUGGUUCCCAAGGCUUUGGGGUAGCUGCGUUAAAUGAAAGGUAACCUCUGAGUGGAUGACGCCGACAGCUGCACGUAUUGUUGUAAUAAGAGAUGCCUGUAAAUAAGGUGACCUCAUUGGGAAUUCUUUCAGACCUUUCCAGACCCCACUUCAAACGUGCUGGGCCCUCAAUCUGCUUUGUAAAAAAACUU